AUGGACAGCUACGACGGGAGCGUGAUGUCAUUGGACAAGGCAAACUCUGGGCUCCCACCCCCAGACACAGCCGCCCUGGCUCACCGCUGGCCAUCGCCACCCGUCCCAGGGGAACGAGAGGCCAGAGGCCAGCGGGAAGGAGAUUCUGGAGUGCGAGACGAGGCCCCACGCUCAAGGCCUCCAGAAGACACCGUUCCCGGUCCGGAGGUCCGAGGAACGCCCCUCUCGUGGAAGGACCCCAAGACGGCUCUGGGCCCGUGGACGGCGCGCCAGCGCUGGGAUCGGAACCACCAGGCCCGGGCAGGCGUCAGCCCACACGGGAGCCUGGCCCCGAGCCGGCCCUCGCGCGGGCGGGCAGCGCGGGCCUUCGGUGGCCGGGUGGCCUCCUCCCCGGCCGCGGCCGCUGGCCUGCGCACAGGAGAAGCUUGUGCUCAUCGGCGUCUGGACUCCAGUCCCGGGCCAGGAAGCUGGGGACGCAGACGCCCCACGUGCGGGGAUCGGCACCAAGGGCAGCCUGUCUCGCAAGCUCUCCAGGCUUGCUACCAUUUAAAAUCAGACUCUUUUUGUCUUUUGAUUGCUGUCUCUAGCCCCAACUCCGAUGUGUUCCGUUAUCAGCGACCAGCAGCCUGCCGCUCCAGCCCCCGUCUGGGUGGGGAUCGGUGGCCAGUCUCCCGCAGCCGCGGCGGGCAAGGUUAUAUAGGAAGAGAAAGGCAGGCAGAGAGCGAGGGAGCCAGGAGCAAGCCGGAGCGCACGGGCACACACUCGCGCACACAGACCCGCACGGGGACAGCGGGAAGGCGCUGGGCUCCGGACGAGAUGCUGCUGGCGAGAUGCAUGCUGGCGGUGUUCGUCUCCGCACUGCUGAUGUGCUCGGGGCUGGGGUGCGGACCCGGCAGGGGAUUUGGGAAGAGGCGGCACCCCAAAAAGCUGACCCCUUUAGCCUACAAGCAGUUCAUCCCCAACGUGGCCGAGAAGACCCUAGGGGCCAGCGGACGAUACGAAGGGAAGAUCUCGAGAAACUCGGAGCGAUUCAAGGAACUCACCCCCAAUUACAACCCCGACAUCAUCUUUAAGGAUGAAGAAAAUACGGGAGCAGACCGCCUGAUGACUCAGCGCUGUAAGGACAAACUGAACGCGUUGGCCAUCUCGGUGAUGAACCAGUGGCCCGGAGUGAAACUGCGGGUGACCGAGGGCUGGGACGAAGACGGCCACCACUCAGAGGAGUCGCUGCACUAUGAGGGCCGCGCGGUGGACAUCACCACGUCAGACCGAGACCGCAGCAAGUACGGCAUGCUGGCGCGCCUGGCCGUCGAGGCCGGCUUCGACUGGGUUUACUAUGAGUCCAAGGCGCACAUCCACUGCUCCGUGAAAGCAGAGAAUUCGGUGGCGGCCAAAUCCGGCGGCUGCUUCCCGGGCUCGGCCACGGUGCACCUGGAGCAGGGCGGCACCAAGCUGGUGAAAGACCUGCGUCCCGGGGACCGCGUGCUGGCGGCCGACGACCAGGGCCGACUGCUCUACAGCGACUUCCUCACCUUCCUGGACCGCGACGACGGCGCCAAGAAGGUCUUCUACGUGAUCGAGACGCGGGAGCCGCGCGAGCGCCUGCUGCUCACCGCCGCGCACCUGCUCUUCGUGGCGCCGCACAAUGCCUCGGCGGCCGGGGAGCUGGAGGCGCCGUCGGGCGCGGGGCCGCCGCCGGGGGGCGCGCCGGGGCGCCGGGCGCUCUUCGCCAGCCGCGUGCGCCCGGGCCAGCGCGUGUACGUGGUGGCCGAGCGCGGCGGGGAUCGCCGGCUGCUUCCGGCCGCCGUGCACAGCGUGACGCUGCGCGAGGAGGCCACGGGCGCGUACGCGCCGCUCACGGCGCAGGGCACCAUCCUCAUCAACCGGGUGCUGGCGUCGUGCUACGCGGUCAUCGAGGAGCACGGCUGGGCCCAUCGGGCCUUCGCGCCCUUCCGCCUGGCGCACGCGCUCCUGGCCGUGCUGGCGCCCGCGCGCACGGACCGCGGCGGGGACGGCGACGGCGGGGGCGGCGGCCACCUGCCCCCGCCCGCGCCGGCUGCGCCCGAGGCGCCGGCUGCGGCCGACGCGCCGGGUGCCGCGGGCAUCCACUGGUACUCGCAGCUGCUCUACCAAAUAGGCACCUGGCUGUUGGACAGCGAGGCCCUGCACCCGCUGGGCAUGGCGGUCAAGUCUAGCUGAAGGCCGGGGAGCCGGGGCGGGCGCGGGGGUGGGGGCCGGGGGGGAGGGUGGGGGGGAGCGACAGCAAGGAACAGCAACAGACACGCGGAAAAGCGCACGGAAUGAGACUUUAAUUAUAAUAAUAAUUAAUAAUAAUAAUAAUAAAGUAGGACAGUCCAAAGUAGACUAUAAGGAAACAGAGACCCUGGGAAGUUUUGUCAUUGUGUUUAGUUUAUAUAUAUAUAUUUUUGAAUUUUUUUUGGUUGUUGUUUUAUUUUGUUUUUUGUUGUUGUUGUUGUUUUUUUUUCCACCUCUCCUGGCUAUUUAUUUGUUUGGUAUGAAUAGAUGUUUUAAAUAAUAUGAACCGGACCUUCAAGAGCCUUAAAUAGUUUGUUUCUUGGAUAAUUUAUUAUUAUCAUGUGAACUGUACUCACGGGGGUGAAAGAUUAUUUUGUGAGGCCAGGCGACCUGCUCAGAGUCUAUUUUUCUACAUGUCCCUCGCCCUGACUUUCAGAAAGCCAACCUGCACACUCCAUAUCCCCUCCUUCGCCACGCGCCUGCUUUUCGGCAAAUGUAAACUGAAACAUGCUUCGUGGGGGUCCACAAAUUAUAUUUUUAUACACAGAAUUGUAAAUUAGAUUUUUUGAGAGAUCAAUACUUAACUGAAUUACAUUUCAUUUUUGAAAUAGUGUAAAAUAUGAAAAUAUAUUAUUUUAAUUUAACUAGUUUGCAGCGUAGCGGCCACCUGGCGGGCUGCCUUCAUGGCUUACUAUUUGGUUCUCAUCACCAUUUUGGCCACAUCCUUGGAAGUUGAGACUGUUACACGCACACGCACACGCACACACACGCACACACGCACACACGCACUGGUUUUGUUCUGUUUUUGUUUUUGUUUUGGACAAACUGGAAGAACUCUGUUAUUUUUAACUUCAAAGAAUUUAUUAGAAAAUAAUAUUUUUAAAAAGCGCACAUAGUGAUGAGCCCACAAGGACAGAGGCUGUAGUUUGUACAGAGAAAAACAAAGGAUGUUUUUGCAUUAAUAACUUGAGAAUUAACUGCUGUAAAUUUACUAAAAUGUAUUUUUGAAUAUUUUGUAAUAGUUUUAUAGAAAUAAAAUGUACCACGCACAGA